UUUUUCAGUGGCACAAUACAGACAUUAUGUCACAGUGUCUAAAACAACAGUAAACAUCAGGUUGUUUUUAGACUCCACAUCUGCACCAAUGUUUACAUCGGGAGAAAUCUAUCAUGGAGCAGCAACAGCACUUUAUCACAAACUACCUUCUCAAAUGUAUCAAACAUUGCAAAGUGAUGUUUCUGUAGCACAGAUUUGAUUGUUCCUGUAUUGCUGUUCUACUUCUGCUCUCAUAACUUUGUUUUCUUUGGUCCGUACAACUUGUGUGUGUAGUGUAGGCCUCACGGAGACGUGUUGUCAGUAGUGACAAGUGGCAUUCAAAUGUUGUUCCUACUUAUCUCUCUGGCAAAAGUAGCAAAUAGACACUGUACCCGACGAAGGACGUGAGACAGCUGUUUCUAUUAAUAACCUCUACCCUAUUACCUAUCACGAGACCUCGUGCCUUGCUUCUGCCUCACCACAGCAAGCUUCGUCACAACAACCAGACAGAAGAAAUCAACAAAGCAGCAACCACAGAUUAGCAAAACACUUGACACGUAGAGCUGUUUGACUUCAGCUCUCAUCAACAACCAGGAAACUCGCAGACCUGUUAGUACAAGAAAACACCAGGGAUAAAACCUGGAAACAUGAAGUCACUGCGAUUCCUUGCAGCCGAGGGCUUCGUCCAGAGCGGUCCGAGUGCUCUGGAGAACCUCAACUGUGUGUCUUUUAACCUCUACCCACUACUAUUCAAGGCCUGCUACCUACAUGAACAGGCUGACAUGCUACGUGUUUUGGUCCAGUCAUGGCCUCUUCCCGAGCUUAACCUACACAGGAUCCUGGGAAAGACAGUCGACUGUCAGAUGGACCUCACCUCCCGCACUUGCCGGCUUUGUCUGGAGGCGAUCCUAACUGGCUUAAAGGAUUAUGUGCUGUCUCCUCCAAGAACCUACACCAAGAGCCUGCAUGUGGUGGACCUGACUGCCCUGAGGGAUAUCGAACACCAGGCCUGCCCCUGCCAGUCCACCCUGGGUCGAUGGGCAAGAACCCAGCUCUUGACCCAAAUGUGCUAUGAGACAAUGGUGGCCAUGCAAGCCAGCGACGUGUCCCAUUCUGCCUUUGACACAUCUAUUAAUAUCCGUCUGAACGGCUUUGUCACAGGCCGCAACUAUGAGCUGGUGGCUCAGGCCCUCCUCCUCCUCCGCUACUGUCCACUGAAGCUUCGGUUUGUUAGUUUUCGGGCUGAUUCCCUCGCUCUCAAGCAGCUGUUCUAUGUCCUUCGCCUAGCAGAACCUGAGUCCAUUUCAAAGCUGGAGGUAGUCCACAAUGUUCCCCUGGAAGCCACACACUUGGAGGUGCUGCUGUCCAGGGUGGAAUUCCCCAAAUUACAAUCUUUGGCCCUGCCAGCUGGGGCGUUGGAUGUUAGGAGGUUGGGCUCUGAUGAUGACGACCUGCUGGCCACCAUCGGCAAUCUGCUGGGACAACUGAGCAGCCUGACUGAGCUCUCUAUUAGUUUCUCCACUCUAACUGGACACCUACGCAGACUGCUCAAUCCUCUCAACACUCCACUGCAGUGCUUGGAGUUGGCCAACUGUUGCCUGAACCGUGUGGACAUGACGUACCUUUCCAACAGCCUCCACAGUGAGUCCAUGGUCCGUCUGGACAUAAGUGGACAUGACAUCUUCGGCUCUUUCUCCACCGCUUUCCACAAACUGCUCGGCCGUUGCUCUGCCACACUGGCCUGUCUGGCCCUUGAAGAAUGUAACAUAGAGGACGAGCACAUGGCCGCCUUCACCAAUGCUCUGGCUUGCUGUCAGGUGCUGGAGGAGCUCAGAAUCCUGGGAAACCCUCUGACCUCUGCAGCCCUACAGAGGUUAUUCUCCAUGCUAGCUGCAGGCUUUCCUAAGUUAAAGUACAUAGAGGUACCAGUUCCCCGCGAGUGCUACUCUGAGAAUGUAACUUAUCCUCUUGAUGAUUCAGUCCUACUGCAGUACAACAGGGAGUUGUUUCAGGAGGUCAAGGGCCAGCUGAUAGGGAUCCUGGAAGGAGCUGGUAGAGGGAGUGUGGAGGUGUGCACCCCACUCAUGGGGGCCUAUGACCCAGACAUUAAUGAAACCAGCAACGAGCUGGGAGUAUCAAUAUUACAAUCUUUUAACAGCGUCGUUGGGAACUUCAUAGGAACCAUAAAUGACUUGGACAAUAGGAGAUCACAGGCUCAGAAAGAUAAUUAACGGGGUUGCCUUUGGAUGGAUCAAAUAAAUGGACUGACAAAAAAAGGGUCAUGAACUCAGACUGUUUACAUGAAUCUAGACAUUUGUGUAAAGUAGACCUGAAUCUUCACACCUUAACAGAAAUGUUCAUGCUUUGUUGACUAUGAGUGACCCUUGCACACAGUUUCUUGCUUUUCAAGGCUGUGUUCUUCUGCUAUAGCAAAUUAGACUAGCUAUAUUUAUUUUAAUGUAGUGCUAGGACAGUUAGCUAGCAAAAAGUCAUCACUGUUCUAUGCAUGACUUAAGGCCAACACUGUGAAAAUAGUAAACUAGGUUUGUUUGACUAUAGAUUAACAUCAUAUACAGGACUUCCAAUCCUGAGGAUAUAUUAUCUCAACAGAGGAUUAUGUUCUUCCCAGUACUUCCAACAGUCUGUAAGCCAAAAAGAUGUGCAGUGAAAAUAGAUACUUGAAGUUUGCCUGGGAUAUUUUCUUACCUGUAUCUAUUGUUCAUGUUCUUAUGCAUUUGUAAAGGUAAAUAGCACAAAUUUGCAACACGGGACAGAUCUGAUUUAGCAAGUAAUCAAUGUAACUGUUUCAUUUUGUCAUAUCAAUAAAUAAAAACUUAAAAUAG